UCCUCCAUACACCUCUCAUACGAAUACGUGUCUAUAGUUAUUUAUAUAACUAUAUUUGUAGGUAUUUUAUUAGCUACAACAUAUAUAAACAUGAAACACCAAGAAGUAGGUGUAGAUUAUUGGGCUAUGCUAAAAACUAUGUUCGCCUAUGGUGCUCUGACAGGUCUUGGUUGGAUUAUGUUAAGGCUUUUCCACGCUGUGUUCACGCUGCCGAGGCGACUGCGGUCACAACAGAACGAUAUACAAAACUCUUUGAAAGAACUUCAGAAACGGUUUCCGGACCUCAAUAUCACUGAGGAAGACUUGAGAAAUGCUGAAAAAGAACUAGAUGAGCUUAUAAAGGAAGAUAAUGAUAAGAAAGACACUGUAAACGAAAAGGAAGCUUCAGUGGAAACAGAAGAAGAUAAAAAAGAUAUAUAAUGUCAAUUUAUAA